AUGAACAGCUACGACUUCAACAUGGCCAAUGACGCCAAUAUGUUGCCCUUAUCACAACAGCCUUCUCACACAGCACAGGAGCACAACCACUCCCACACGCACAUCCAUCAACAGCAGCAGCUGGACGGCACUCGACCACCUCCUAAGCGUCGCAACCGACAGGCUGUAUCCUGUGUUUCGUGUCGAGAGAAGAAGAUCAAGUGCGACCGCGUCGUUCCAUGCAACCAAUGUAUCAAGCGAGGCGAACAAGAUCAGUGUCGUAUCGAACAGAAACCCAAGAUCGUUCACGAAAAUGCUUCUCGCUCCAACCAAUCACAGCAAUAUACCCAGCAGCAGCAGCCCAACCCUUACGAUCCCCUCUCGCCCGGUUCAGCUGUUUACAGUCAGUUCAGCGCUGCCAUCUCCACCGCCAAAGACCAGGUUAACGCCGCUCAAGCUACUGGCAGCCCGCCUCCGGCUGAGGUCGAAGCCAUCAAAGCUCGUCUCGCUCAGGUCGAAGCUUUGCUAGCAGGGCAGAUACCUCUAUCCAAUGCGAAUGCCUUUGCUGCCUCGUCACCACCUGCCUCUGCCAACUGGAACGUCUACAGGUCUGCAAGUGGCUCGAACCCCGCCGAGCUUGAUCUUACUCGCGUCUCCUCAGGUUCUAGUCCAGCAAGCUUCUUUUCCGGUCACCGAUCCGGCUCUUUCCCUAACUCCACACAUCACUCCUCAGUAUCACCGCAUGGUCCGCCCGAGGAUACUGAUGAGAGUGACGAAGAGGAUGACACGGCGCCAUCUAGCCCUCGUGCUUCCGAACAGAGGAUCUCGCCCAGUAGACAUCUCCGAACUACCAACAUGCCAAUAUCGAGGAGGGAGAUGGACAGUGACACUGAAGAUGCUGCUAUGGUUCUCGAACGCCUUGCUAUGGACGGAGGUCCCGACUCACGCUGGGUCAAGGGUGCUGACGGUGGCUGCCCUUCACUCAAAUCCGCCCCUGGUACCGCCAACAAUCAUGAACUUGCCACGGGCCAGAAGUUUGAGCACUGCUUGCAAAAGGAAAAGGAGGCGGAGAUGGGAGGCCCCGCCGUCGUCGAACGCUUCGAGCGAUGUCUGCAAAAGGACAAGGAAGUUGGGCUCAUGUCUCUCGACCAAGCCGCACCAUCGGCUUGUCCCAAUGAGUCUGCCUCAAGUGCAAUUCCGAUCUCGACGUCCGGUGGGCAUGGCUACGUCGCCACGGCCCUGCCACUAUCCACCGCUGUAUCUGACGUGGACGAAACCAGCAUCGGCCAGCCUCCUUGUGCCUGUCGCACCCCUCGCGAUGAUGAUAGCGGCAACUCAUCCCAGAGCAUUCAGCGCGGCAACACGGAUCACACCAAUGACUACAAAUGUCUCAAGAACAACGAGCCUUUGUCCAAAGAGCCUUCGCCUUUGACCGAGGCGUGUAAGCUCGCCACCUCAAACACGGGCUUGCUCAAAUGCAAGAGCGGACCUGACACUCUCUUUGGUUGGGGUAUGGGUUGGGCUUGGGCUGCUGCCGAAGUUCUGCUCGAACAGGACAAGAAGAAGGCCGCGGAAGAAGGCAAGCCUUUCCUCGUUGGGCCACGUACAGAACGAGAGGCUGUGUUGCGCGCGAUAUGCUCGAGUUUGCCCUCGAAGCAGAUGGCUUACCAGCUCAUCGAGGUGUACGAGUCUCGCGUUCGUUAUCUGUCUGGUCAUGUUGUUCACAUUCCAUGUCUCAAGCGUGAGAUGGAGGCUUUCUAUGCAAUGGACUCGGUCGAGAAGCGUGCUCGUGUUGUCAACCACGUUGAUCCGGGCUGGCUCGCUAUGUUUCUCACCGUCCUUGCUUUGGGUCUUCGUUUCUACCCAUGCAAGCCGAAAGACGAAUGGCAACCUGCUAACCACCUCUUCGACGGCAAGACCAUCCACGCAUGGCACUCGGCGGCCAAGACGUGCCUCGUCCUGUCUAACUUCCUCAAUUCGACCAGCAUGAGCGUCAUCCAGGCCAUCUUGCUCCUCUAUCUGUUCACCUCGGUCUCGGGUGCCAACUGUGGUGGUGAGACUGACUCAGGCUCCACCAACAUUACUCUCUUGCGUAUCGCUAUCACGAAUGCGCAGGAGAUGGGCUUGCAUCGUCUUGGUGAUCUGGACAAGCAGCCGCGUGCUGGCGAGCCGUCUUCGACCAUCAUUCGUAGGGAAAUUGCUAAGCGUAUUUGGUGGGCACUUGUCUUCCGUGAUUGGAGUGCUGCCGGUACUGGAUGCUCGAAGGAUUACAUCAUUCGCACCGAGCACUUCAACACUCCACUUCCGGGUAACUACAAUGAUGACGAUCUCAUGAUGACACCUUUGCUUGCGCCCAGACCGCGCGAGGAGUUUACCGAGAUGUCGUACGUCUUGUCCAACCUCGAGUUUGGCAUGGUCGUCAAGGAAGAUGUCGAUGUGCGUUUCCGAAGGGAGCUCCACGCGGCUACCAACGGUGGCGAUCGUCGUCUUGCUUGUGCUGAAGCACAGCGUCUCGAUAUCCUCUACCGAGGCGUGUUGGAGAAUGCACCGAGCUUCUUCAAGGUCGGAUCCGAGAUCGGUCGUGUCACUUGUAUCGAAGUGCAAAGAUGGUUGCUCCAGCAAGCUGUCUUUAGCAAGCUGUUGCGUAUUCACCGACCCAAUUUGUCGAGUCGUAAAGAGUCGCGCACCAACUGUGUCUUGCUCGCGCGCUCCAUCUUGGACAUGCAGAAGAAGAUCCGAUCGAGAUGUACCGUCAUCGAUCGACUCUGGGUCAACCUUAUGCAGAGUUUCUCGGCGGCUAUUGUGUUGGCCUUGCACUUGCUUCAUACGAGACCGACUGCGGAUCAUCGAGUUUCGGUGCGUUCGGAGAUCACGGAGGCUAUUCGUGCUCUCAAGCAGGUAGACGGCAAUGAUUGUGCUGCCAAGAAGUGUAUCCGUGUUAUCGAGGCCUUGUUGGAGGAGGAAGAGGAGCGAUGGCAGGCAGGUAACGCUGCGUUGGCACGAAAGGAUGGUACUGCGCCUCAGGAGGUAGCUAAGCCGAAGAGGAAGCGUCAGAUGGAUGUCGAUGCUGGUGAUGAGGAAGGUGCUGGUGGGGUCUCGGGUGGUGGGCGUAGGAAGAACUUGUUGAGCCUUGCACAGAGGGUUGCACUGGCGACGCGUGAGGAUGGUAACGCUCAGCAACGUCGAGGAGGAGGAGGAGGUGAUGAUGGUGGUGGUGGUGGUGCUGCUGCCGCUGCUGCUUCUUUCACCGAUGAUCCUUCCAAGCGUCAAGCUACUAUGGCUGCUGUUCGAUCGCUUUCUGGUGCUGAGAACGCACAUGCUUUGGAGGUGAACGGUGUGACCGCUCUCAAGGACGAUGCCUCGUUGUUCCGUAUGAACAACACCACUCUUCCCACUUCUGGACCUAGCCCUCUUUCCAUGUCCGGUACUGUUGGCAACAGCGGCAGUGGCAACAACAAUAACCCUGACGACGUCUCAUUCCCACAAAUGAUGCAGACCAUGUCGUUCCCCAACCACCUCUUCUCGUUCGACGGUACCAGCAAUGGCAUCAGCAACAACAACAACGACCUCACCAAUCGUCUUGUGCCACCCAACGGUGUCGAUCUUAUGCUCAGCAACCCGAUCACUCCUCCUGACGGUCAGACCUUUGAUCUGGCUGCCUUCUUGGAACAGGUACAGAACUCGCCCGGUAGUUCGACCGAUAUCAGCCUGUCUUCGGGUCACGAGGAGCGUUCGGCGUCCAUAUCGUCGGAUGUUUCGGGUCUGGACGACAAGGCUUCUGGCUCGGCGUUUGGUGGUAGUGAUGGUACUGAUAACACUAGUGUCUCUAGCUUCGGCGAGCCUCUGUUGACGAAAGAGGCUAUUAGGAGGCAGCAGCAUUCUUUGCAGUCGAACAACUUUGUAGGUUCGGAUCUUGCUGCGAUUAACAACAGUAAUAUGGCUGCUGCUGCUGCUGUUGGUGGUGCUGGUGCUUCGACAACGCAGGCUAGCUCUCCGACUGGUCAGGCGCCGAAUGCUGCAGCGACAGAUAUGGAUUCGUUCUGGAACUGGAUCAUUACGCAAGGUGCGAAUGGUAUUUCUGCUCCGGGUCAAGCACAAGCGCAGGCUCCGGCAGCGGCGAUGGUUCAGCCCCCGACCAACACCAACACCAACACCAGCGCAGGUUUUGAUGCGAGUGCUAAGACUGCUCCCUCGCCAGCACAAACCCAGCAUCUCAUGCAAUUCGGUACGCCAUCCAACAAUCUGCCCCCCACACCUCAAUCUAUGCAUAGCGGCCUCACACCUUUCCUCAGCCCCAACGUAUUCUUUAACAAUACCAACGAAGCUGACUCAUCAAAGCAUAAUGCUGCUUAUCCUACACCUAGUAGCAUGGCUUCCAACAAUGCCUCGCCCCGUCCCAAGACUAGGGACUAUACUCAGCAGAACUCAGAGGUGUUUGCGAGUCCCGAAGCACAAGAGGUUGAGCAACAAGGUGUAAUGUCGGUUGGAACUCCAAGCGCAGGUUUCGGAUUGGAACAGUUCCUAGGUGCCCCUCUAUACGAUUUUACCGAUUUCGCAAAUGCUUGGACCGCAAGCAAUCCUCAAUCCACCACCUCAGGUGUCGGGGCUAGUUUGGGACCUGUUAGCGAUCCUUAA